AUGAAUGCAGAAGGCUGGGAUGCACAGAAAUUGCAUAGCAAGCUACCCAUUAAUGUUUGUGAUCAUGUUCUACAAGAGUUGAGUAUAGUGGAGCAUUCAGAGGAGAAAAAUAAAGCCUUGUGGAUGGCUAGUACUACGAAAUUUCACUAUAGGGUGCUUGGAAUUUGCUCGGAAAAAGGCUCAAACAUCACUCACUUUUCAAAAUUGUGGUUGAGUGUUCCAUUCAAAAUAUCCUUCUUCCUUUGGAGAUUGUGGAAGUUCAAAAUACUAGUGGAUGAUGUACUAAAGAGAAUGAAUAUUAGUAUUGUAUCUAGAUGUAGAUGUUGUCUAAACCCUCAUCAGGAGGAGACAGUUCAACAUCUAUUCUUAACAGGUGAAUUUGCAGCAGAAAUUUGGCAAUAUUAUAAUGCUGUUGUGGGGAUAAUUGCUCCAAGGAUACAGAUUCAUCAGAAAAUAUUGCAAUGGUGGUAUAUGCAAGGUCCUACAAAGCUCAAGUCAGUUAUGCAGGCUGCACCAGCAUUCAUAUACUGGCAACUAUGGAAGAGAAGAAAUACUAUCAUGCUUGGGGGUAAGAUGAAUAAAGUGAAGGUGAUAAAUGGGAUCAACUACAAUCUGCAACAAGUGGUGAAGACAUUAUUUAUUUGGCUGAGAAAUAUUCCAUAUGAUUGGCCUCAGAUGGUGAAGUAUUUAGAGGAUUACAAGCCUAAAGUGGGAUAUAAGAUGGUGCAAUGGAAGUGUCCUGAUGCUGGCAGGGGUCGAGUUCAGUUUAGUUGCUUUCGCAUUGGAGAUGAUGUUGGAAACCUGAUAUAUGCUGGUGCAAGAAGAAUAGCUGAUACAACAAAUAUUACAGUAGAAUCUGUGGCUGUAUUUGAUGGUAUUGAAUACUGCAUUAAAAAUGAUCUGGUGCCUGUAAUGAUUGCAUCAGAUUCUUUGUCCAUGAUAAACAUCAUUCAAGGAGUAUGGGAGAUUCCAUGGAAGAUCAGUAUGGAAGUUAGUAAGAUCAAGUUUUGGAGGAACAAGGGGCAAGUGCAAUUUGCUCAUAUCCUUAGGGAAGGCAAUGCACUUGCAGAUUUUUUAGCUAACUUGGUUUUUGAUUUUGCAGGUACGGCUCGGUUUCAUUCAUUUGUUGAAUUUCCAAAAGAAAAAAAGAAGAUUCUCAAUAGUGAUAAGAUGAUGAUGCCUAACUUCAGAUGCAAGAUUUAA